AUGGACUCUUUACGAAGAGAAGAUGAAUGUCUCAGCGCUGCAUGGCGCUCAGCCACUCAUCGCUGGUCUCUUGGGAGAGGGAGGGGUCAGGCACAGGGGACAGAACAAAGAGGAAAGAGCGCAGACGAAAAACCAUGUACAGGUAGUCCCUCUAAUUGUGAGGGAUGGAGACAGACAACAGAUACACGCGAGGAACGAACAGACCGGUCAGACUAUUUAGGCGAGGGCCGACUUGAAGAAGAUGGAGCAGUCGCGAGAGUCUGGAGCGCUCAUCCGUCAAGCGUUGACCACAAGAAAGUCGCGUGCUGUUCCCAGCGAGAAUGUGGAGCUUAUGUUGGGGGAGAAUCUGCGUACAACCCGGCCGACAUCAGCUGGGGCUCGACACCACAGGAACGCGCCAGAAACGCCCUCAAUCCUUCAACUUCUGAAAGCGCUACAUAUGAACGAGAGUGGGAGCCAGGGGACUGCCACCAGGGGCGAAGUGACCCUGGAGAACAUCCCUCUUCUGCUUCCUCUGCUCGGUCGCAUGCCGGAGUCAGGCGGGGAGCGACGGCGAGUCGACAGCCAUCCAGUCGUACACGAGACGCGUCUGCACUCGAGACUGCGUCGGGAUCGGCAUCAUCUGAUUGUUCGUCUUCCCUGCAACUUCCUUUCUCUUACCGGUCGUCCAAGUCUGCCUCUUCAUCUUCUGCUUCCUCGUCUGGUUCUCUCAACGCGUCAGCCCCCACACCAGAAGCCCCGUCGUCGCUGCCUCAGCCGGCGUCUCCUUCCUCGUCCCCUCAAGUCUCCUCCAUCUGUCCGCAGUCGCCCUUGUCUUCAUCGCCUUUCGCGCAGCUGCAAUCUCUGCCAGGUCCGCACUGUCCAAAAUCCUCUAUGGGUAACGACAGGCGAUCCUUGGAGAACAACAGAGUCCUGAAUCCCCUCGUAAUUUCGGUCUCAGUGACCGUCGUGGAACCCUGCUUGGAGGCUCCAGUGCCAGGGCUUGAUCCGACGACUGCUCCCUUCUCCGGUCGGCGUCUCUGGCGUGUUCCUGUUCUUAGAAUUUACGGAGUUGUCAAUGAUAAUCCUGUCAGAUCUGUUCCUUCCAUGUGCCUCUACCCACCGAUGUUAAGAGCGCCACCAGCGUCCAGUGAAUCUCCUUUGUCUUCCUCCUCAGCUUCUUCUUUGUCUUCCUCCUCAGCUUCUUCUUCGUCUUCCUCUUCGUCUUCUUCUUUGUCUUCCUCCUCAGCUUCUUCUUUGUCUUCCUCUUCGUCUUCUUCUUUGUCUUCCUCCUCAGCUUCUUCUUUGUCUUCCUCCUCAGCUUCUUCUUCGUCUUCCUCUCUGUCUUCGUCGGUUUCCUACUCUUCCUCAUCUCCUUCCUCUGCGUCCUCCGCUUGCUCUUCCCUUUCGUCACCGAGUUGCGCUUGCCCUUGCCCGCGUGGAGACAGGCGUUUCUUGGGGCGCAUGUGCUGCGUCACAGUGCACAACGUGUUUCCGUACUUCUUUGUGCCUUUGCCUCGAGAGGCACACGAGAAACCAGAGGUUUGGCUUCAGUGGUUUUCUGCAAAACUCCGGGUGUGGGAGGACAAGCUGACGAGUCGCAGUGACCCGGGUGCCUCUCGCCCGGCUCGGGGUGGCGGCCAGGGACGCGCGAAGCGGACGGGUCCUGGACAGGCCCCAGCGCCUUUGUCGACCCCUGGCCCACCCCUGGUGUUUGCGUUGCGCCUUGUUAAGAAGCGGGCGUUCUAUGGGUACGAUCAUGCGCCGCGGCUCUUCGUUCAGAUUUCCACGCUUCAUCCUGGAAGCAAGACGGUGCAGCUAGCUGCACUGUUGCUUCAAGGUCGCGUCACCGGGCAUCCGCUUCAGCCCUUUGAGAUCCACAUCCCCUUUGUCAGUCACUUUCUCGCCGACUUUCAUCUCCGGGGGAUGGAUCUGCUCACCGCUGUCGCUCCCUGUUUCGUCCAACCAGUAUUUCUCGCGCCUCCGAUGCUUCUGGCUAGUCCCGGAGCCCGCGUAGCUUCGGCAGCAGAUCGCACGCAUUCCCCCCAGUCUCCCAGCGAAGUUCCGGCCUCCGCGAGAGGAGACAGGCAGUCUCUCCGUUGUGCACUGUCUCCUGGGGUCUCUGGCUGCCCGGGCUUUUCCUCGGUGCGGAGGCCCGUGGCAGUCGGGGCUCAUGAGCGAGGACAGGGACGAGAGGGGCACACUGCUGAAUCAGGGUCAAACGACGAGAGGAGGGGGAACGCGUUUUGCAGUCACCACUGUUCCCAGUCUGCGUGGGCCGGUGUGCAUCGGGAGGGACAGACGCAGCGGAUUCAAGGUAGGGAAUUCAUGCCCGCAUCUGCAGAAUAUGUUCCGGGGGGCGUGUUUCUCAGCAAAUCAUGGGCGCAACUGUGGCGCUGCGUGGGGGGAUCAAAGACAGCGCGAGAGAAGCCAUGUGGUGAGUGUGAGCAACAUUUUCGCCACACAAACGCGUCAGACGAAACGGCUCGAGCCUCUUUGGGGGUUUUCCCCUCUUGUCCCUCUUUGGGCCGACCGGAAGUGCCAGCCAGGGGGCAAGCGCUUCCCGUCAUUGCGCCUGCGCUGGUUCCUGAGGAAGGGCUGCUUUCUGACGGCAGUCGAUUCACCUUUCGUGUGUUGCCGGCGCGCGUGCAGCGGCGAACCAAGUGUGAACUCGAAUGCCAUGUGCUGGCGAGAAACAUUCUGAAUCCGUUUUUCGUGUCAAAGGUCGACUCGCCCAACUCCACCGUCUCUCUCAAUUGUUCGCUGUCUGCUGAGGAAACAAAGGGGACCUCAGCUGCUGAAGCUUGGGAGCGUUCCUCGUCUUUCGCAGCAGACUUACUCCUGCCUUCGGUGCUCGACUUCUGGAGAGAGGAGGCUACACGAUGCGCAGGACUAGGUAUCUCCUUUCCCUUUGACAGUCCCCACGCGGCACCCCCAGCCCCCCCGACCCUUCCCUCCGCUGCGGCUGCGGCUCUCGCCCAAAGAGACGAGGCACCGGCGCGAGGCGCCGUCCCGGAGAUCUUCAAGCGACGUCUCGCUCAACUCCUAGCAAAAACCGGCGUGCUGACAGACGUCUCUGCGGUGCAGGCCCACCUGCGUCGAAGCGGGAUCGACGAGGCGACAACGGGUUUGCUGGACCAGGAACACGCGUCUCGGCGUAGUGGAACGGCCGCUCUCGACUGCCGUGAUCAGAAGGAAAUGCGAAUGAAGAACUCGAGAGAAACAGGCGACCUUCCAGGAGACGCAGGACGUUCACAGGCAGGAAGCGAAGGAGAGACAGGAAGGGGACACCUCGAAGGUCAAGGUGUGGAGAGUUGCGAACAACAGAGUUGGAACCCGAAAAGGCGGGCAGCGUGGGCAGACUCUGAAGCAGCACGAGGUGACGCCUGUGAGAAUGUAGACGCAACUGGAGAGAGCAAAGAAGUAGCUGCACACAGUGAGGUGAACAGAGGCACGCGGCGCGGGGAGAACGGGGACUCUGGGACGUUACUGGGCUGUGAUGCCGACAGGACAGAUUCCGGUGAACAAUCUGCCAAGCGUCUGCGCGUCACUCCGUGUGAUGCAGAGGCAUGUGGUGAUGGCACCAACGGAGGCCCCCGGCCAGUUCCAUCGUUCUCGUCUCUCUUCCUUUCACUUCCACAGCAGGAGGCUGAAGAUAUUCCACGCCCAGGUUCAGCUUCCCAAUCUUCCGCAGCGUCGUCGUGCCCCCCGCUGUCCCCCGCGAACGCUUCGGGAUUUUUCAUCGACAGUGCCUUCUCCUUCUCCCCGGUGUCGCAGGUCUCCUCAUUCAGCGGGUCUCAAGACCCCCUCGGGCCUGACCCCUGCGGGAGCUUCCAGUCCCCAUCCGCAGGGGCCUGUCCGGUCCCCGGUGUGCCCGCCGGUUCUCCUUGGCAGUGGCUCCACGCUUCCAGCGCUACGGGAGGGGAGUCGACAAAGGGGGCUGUAGAACGAACCUCACUACACGCGGGAGGGGGCUUUGUGGAAGCGCCUUGGAAUGCACAAUCCGCUGCUUCCACCAGAAACCCCCCUCUGGUCGUUUACCCUGAAAGACCCACCACUGAAAUGCUGCUUCCAUCAGAAGUACGCAUUGCAGGAGAUAGGCCUGCUCCCUCAAUAACUGGAGUGGCACCUUCCCGCUCAAACGACACUCGACUAGGAGGUCCAAGGUGGCUGGAGGAUCCGACGAAUGCGCUCUGUCACUUAGGCAGUCGAACGGAUUCUGCUUCUCAACGGAAUCCAUCAGAGACGCGAGAGGCACCUGUAGUCCAGUCACCGGCCGCGCCUGCGCCUUCGCUUGCGCCUUCACACUCAGAGGUCUGGAGAGAAAGUGGGGUUGUUCACUCUGCCACGGCACUUCCUUUGCCUCCAGUCGAACACCCCAAAGCGAGCGGACGUGAUCCUUUUGAGGAGCGUUUGCCUUCGCAGGAUGCGCCCCUGGAGAGCUCUUACUCGGCGCCGUGGCGUCAGAUGCCGAGCUCAGGGCACGUAGGUAGCUUCGGGGAUAAAGAGAUAAGAAGGUCGUGGCCGGAAUGGUCGGGGGACAAAGUGUUUCUCGAGCUGAACGGAGUCAAUUCAACGGAAGCGAUCCUGAAGUCUUCGGAGCAUGAGGUGCGCGAGGCGAAAGAAGGAGAAGUCGUGGAGCUCGCUGAAGGAUGGAGAGAUCAAGACGACGACGAGAGUGGCGGCAAGGAAGAAACGGUGUGUGGCGUGAGAGCUGCACAACCGGGGAGACUCGCGAUAGAAGACAUAGUUACUGUAGAAGCCGAGAUCAAAGGAAAAGGCGCCCUAGAGGAGGAGGCAGACUGGGCCAUCGCCGCUGUGCCUCACGAUCGCAGUGAGGAAGAGGUACCCUCUUCAGCUGCAGAAGCGGGAGGAACAAGGUGCGUGCCCCUCGGGGGCGGCGUCACAGCUCUAGAGCCUUUCGAGCUGUUUGCGCCACAGGUCUGCAGCCGAUCUCAGUCAAGUUCAUCGGGGAGCAGUAGCUCAGUAGAAGGGCGCCGCGCGCGGAGAAGAAGAAACAGGCUACUUAGAAGCGGACAGAGCCGAAAAACGUCUUCGCUGGACAGCAGCAGUUGCUCGCCGACGGUCGACUACGACGCGAGUGCGAGAAGCAGCGACGACAGCGUGUCGAGCGACCCCUGCGGGGCUCUGGACAUGGAAGUCGACUCCACGAAAAAUGGGAAGCCAAAGGAGGGGAAUGCAGAGGAAUCGGAUACAUCUCGAGUACGCGGGGAAGAGGGCCAAGCCACAUUUCCUACCAACAAGUCAGGGGAAGCAGCGAGCAAAAAGCCGUCUGCAGGAUUGGCGUCCGGGUUCCAGGACCGUCAAGAAGUCUGCAGGUCACGAGCCUCUGACUUUCUACACCGCAGGUGUGUUUUUUCUGGCUCCGAAGAGAAGACGGCGUGUCUCUCCACAGCCGUCGACAUGCAUAUGCCUAUGUCGAAUCUUUCACUCGACGCGAAAGUAACUCUCGGCCGUGUCCAGACGCCAACUGGGACGUCUACAGAUGUGCGGCACGCGACGGGGAUCCACAGCACCGGGAAGAUGGAAGACAACCUGCGCGAGGCGGACCUGGUCUCGAAGCGCUUGUCGCAGGGGUCGGCAUGCGAGGACCAUUCAGGAGAUGAAGACCGUGGAACUUCGUCAUCGUAUGCGGCCACGGUCGUUCUCUCCAGUGGUUCGGCCGAAGGACGAAAGGAGCGCUUUGGCGGUGAAGCAACCGAAUCAAGAAACAGGCAAGAGGCGCCUCCACAGCGGGCAAAAGAAAAAGAAGAGGAGACGGCUUCACCACCUACCCCUGACCGCACACGCGAGAACACUGAAAAGCAUGUGGGCAUGCGUAGCCGCCACUCCUCUCACACAUCGAAAGAAAAAUGGGAAGGACUGGAGCACGCUCGCUUACAGAAUCUGUCGGAACAUGGCGACUCAUCUCAGGGCCCCGUCUUGACCUUGUUAUUUCCCCGGGGUGAGCCGAAGUCGCCUCAGGUCGUCGCCGUAAACCCCACAUCCCAUGCUCUCUUGGAUCGGCACUGUUCUGUAUCCCAGCAGUCGCUGCAGGGCUGGCCAGAUGAGCCCGCAGAGCUCCCUUUCUUUGGCGACCCUCGCGAUUUGCCGGUGAGCGUCCUCCGCGCCGUUGAAGCUACUCUGGGAGGGCGCCAGUUGCGUGAACAGGAGGAAACAGUUCUUGGAGCCCGUCGCGCAGAAAGCAUCGCAGCAGCAGCAGCGGAGGAGACUCGCCUUCUGGCCGAGCGGCGUGCCAAGCUAGGCAGGAAGACGAGGAGACGCCGACGGAAGAGAAAGAACGCUCGACAGUCGCAAGUCUCCUCUUCUUCGCAGCAAACGGCUUCUCAGUCGUCGCAGUGCGCCUCUCAAGAGCCAUCUCAGCGUGGCUCGCAGAGCUCUGGGCGCUUCGGCGUGCUUGUUGACUAUCAUUGCAAACAACGCCCGCAUGUAGAGCGGCGUCGGAGCGGUGCUGUCUCCACAGAUGCCUUAAGCAAGCAAGCGCCAGGUCGAGAGGCAGGGACCACAAUGGAGCCCGAACCGGGAAGAAGCGGUUGGUUUGGUAGUGACGCGGGCCGCGUACAACCGUCGCUUGUUUUGCCAGGAAAAGCUGUCCAGCCGGACACACUUGUUGUGGAGAUUUCGUCGUCCUCAGACAGUGGUAGCGAUGGGGUCUGCAGCCGCUCUGCGGUUGUGCUGACGACGUGGGAUGCGACGGGCAGAGGGCCAGGAGAGACGAGUUUGCCUUCCGCUCCUGUCGUGGCUAUCGCCGACCGAACAAACGGGGAGACCUUCCCAGGGACCGCGUUCCCACACGGUUCUACCAAGCCUCCAGGAAACGCUUUCUGGGGCUUCUAUAAGCCGCCCCCCACGACCCACGAGGCGCUCGCGAGUUGCCCCCCCAGGGUGCAGAAGAACCAUGAGCGGCUGUUGCGUCGGGAGGCACGCAGAGAGGCAAGGCGCCGACAGCGGCGCCAGAGCUGGGGGGGUGAGGCCGAGCGAGCGCGAACCGGCGACAGUUCUGCCGCGUCGCGGUGCGAACGAGUGCGAGAACCUAAGGGCGACAGUAAGCGCGAUUUUAAACGACAGAACCGAAGAAGCAGAAGGGACUAUAGUCCGAACAGGAAGGGACGCGAGUGCAGAAAAGAGGUGAGGCCGGCGUUGAGAUGGGCCACAAGGAUGGAUAAUGGCGGGCGUAUCGUCCUGAUGCUAGUGCCAGCAUCGCAGUCCAGCGGAGUGGAACGAGAAUCGGCACGACGAGAAAGAAGAAGUCGCACUCGAAGAACGAUAUCGCUUUCUCGAUCCCGAGCAGAACCGACGGUGACGCGACCCUCGGAAAUACCGCCGGCUUCCUCAUCUGCGUCUGGCUGCUGCACCUCUGAGGGCUUUAGCCAUACUGGAGAUGACGCAGCCGCCGAUAGGAACUGGACCGACGAAACGAGGGCGCGUGCGGAUCUUCCGAGUCGAGGGUUGCCGUUUGCGACUGCAUGCGUGGAAGCUGAGAGCUGCCCUCAAGACGUGGGAAAGCCGCGAAAUCCACGGAAAACAGCAGGUGUCGAUGAGGUGAAGGUGGACCACGAUCCACCGACGUCGCCGAGCGCAAAUGAACUGAAGGGGAAACGCAGCGACUCCGAUGAUGAGGGGGAAGGUGGCGAACGCUUGGGUGCUCCUGAAAGAGCCCGACGCAACGAGGCGAACGACUUGCUACCGCAUCAAGAUGUUGAAGUGAAUUCUGUUCAGCCGCGCGAUAGGCAUAUCUGUGACGGGACCUCUCCUGUCUGCGACAGGGAGCAUGUACCUUCUUCCCAGACACAGCAAUGUGGUUCGUUGUGCCUGUCAGCCGGCAGUUUGACGACAGGCCACUCGUUCUCAAGCGCGUGCUCCAGUAGCGACGUCUCCCUGGGAGGGGUGGGAGAAGGCGCCAGGAAUGUUUCGCAGCUCAGUGUCGCAUCAGCUCUUAAAGACGCGGCAAAACAGGCUCGGCCGUUUCAUGCCUCCGCGGCAAACGAGCUUGCCGACGAGGCGAUUCGUGGGGAAAGGACACUCGCCAGCUACGGCGCGUUGUUGGCCGUCGAAGUCCUCGCAGAGAGGACACAAUGCAGCCCUGAAGCUGUCGAUGCGGGUGCGCCCGAUCCUCAGCAGGACGCCAUCCUGGCUGUCGCUUUGGUGCUCAGAGACGAGCGUCUGUCUUUGGCUUGCCGUCGGGCGCAGCGGGCGAAUGGGAGACACGGGGGAGACGCGGAAAGGUGGGACAAGGAAGCAGAGGGGCCAGAAGACCAGGGCAAGGAGGGCUUGGGCAGAAGAGAGGGAAGAGAAACGGACAUGGAAAUGGGAGCAAAAGGGAACAGGAACGGAGACAGUCAAGAGGCGGAAAGCAGCUGCGGGGACCCACUAGCGAACUCGGGUUCCGAGACGCAGAGACGGCGGAAGAGCGGGAGCAAGCCGUUUCUGUCCACGGCCCUAGGUCGGGAGCGAUGCGCAGAAAAGGCGGCGGCAAGUCUCGCCUAUUUCGAUGCUACCAUGAUCAUUUUUGUUGACCAGGCCUACAAGCCUCGCCUGCCCUUGAACUCCAGAUUAUGUGCUCGCUCUCCCGGAUGCCGUUCUGCCUCUGUUCCGUCGUCAUCAACUGCUCACUCCCUUACCAGCUCCUCGGUCGCCUCGCCGUUCACGCGAGCUCGCCAGUCGUUCGCGGACUUUGUCGCUCUAUGGCAGUCUCGUCAUCCGUUCACCAAGUCUGCCCAGCAGCAACUGCCCGCCUUCCUUCCGUCUGAUACUGAAGUGGUUGCCGUAGAAAGCGAAAGAGCCCUCAUUCAUUAUGUUUGUCUUAUCUUUAGUGUUGCCGAUCCUUCUAUGGUUCUGCAGUGGGACAGUGGAUGCAUGGGCCUCGGCUUUCUUCUCCGCAGGGCGCGAGUUCUCGGCUUUGGUGCAGAACUCACAACAGCUCUCGGGAGACGAGCAGAUCCUCUCCUUCUCUCACAUCUCCGAUCUAUCUCGUAUCGACCCAGGUCGCACGUGGCCAUCUCUGUGUCUCCAGCGCCUGUUUCGCAGCAGUCUUUUGGCUCUGUUUCAUCUUCCUCUCCAGCCCUGCCGCAGGCUGAAUCAACCUCAGCUAGCUCGUGGUCUCGCCCGUCUAUAACGGAUCACCGUGAGGCACGACACCCCACACCGCGAGAGUCAGGGAGGUCAAGUGGGGUCUCCGACGUGCUCCUCCAAGGAGGGAUGCUGUCGGGCCGGCUUCUUCUCGAAUGUUGGCGGCUGCUUCAGAGUGAAGUGAAACUCCAGCAGUCGUCUCUGGAAGGAGUUGCCACAGAGGUCCUUGGUGUGACCUUCGCCUCGGUGCCUCCGGCGAUUCUUGCGAACCUCUGGAAGCAGGGACAGGGCGCUUUGAGGCGCGCAGAGAGGCUUGACGAAGUUGAACUCAUGACAGCGUGGCGUGAAUGGCAGUUGCGCGUGAGGAGACACGAAGAGGUACAGGGUAGGCCAAGAGACACAGCUGAGGGGGGUAAGGGCCAUGUUUUUCAUGGAGAGACGCAGGGUCCACGAACAGAGGGUCCACAGACAGCUGAUGGGGCUGGGCUACAGCACAUCGAUGCAGCACAGAGAACCCUGGGCGAGCCAGACAGUCUGGUCCUGGAGCAGAUCUUUGCAGACGUUGAGCGAGCAACAGGCAAUCCGAUGGGGCGGCUGCCGGGGCCUGAACCAAGAGAACGGGACCAAGAAGUAGUGUGGGCCGUUUCGACUAUGGGUGCGGUCCUCAAGUACCUUCUGGGCAGGCCCCAGCGGCGAUGUGCCCUGACGAGAGGGAGUCAAUUCAAGGUGGAAAGCGUGAUGAUCCAAGCAACCAAGCGCCUUGAUUAUCUGUUUGUGUCUCCUUCUCAAACUCAGGUGACAGAGCAGCCGGCACCGCUGUGUAUUCCACUCGUUCUCGAACCCAAAAGUGGGUUUUACUGGAGUCCCGUACUGGUUCUAGACUUCCGUUCUCUCUACCCGUCCAUCGUGAUCGCCAACAACAUCUGCUACUCGACGGCUCUUGGCUCCGUUGAGAUCGAUCCGACAGUGCAAGCCACGAAGACGUUGGGCGUGAUGGACUUCCACUGUCCUCCGGCUCUGUUCCGGCAGAUUUCGGAAGCCUACUACCGAGCUGCUUCCGUGGACCUAAGGAAGGGAGCACCGGCUCUUCCUGACCCUGUUGGGGGUGCUGGUGAGCGGAAGGGCGGAAGGGAUAGUGGCGAACGACGAGGCCACAGCCAAGCUUCGAGCUUUUGUGCAAGCCAGGCGUGGGACGCAGACAGUGGUGGACUUCGGCUUUUGCCAAGCGGGGCCAUGUUCGUGUCGCGCCGUGUAAGGAAGGGGAUUUUCCCUCAAGUCCUCAGCGAGAUCCUGCAGACCCGCAUCAUGGUCCAAAAAGCGAUCAAAAAAUACAAAGGGAAAGUGGAAGAAGGCUUGCUCCGACUCCUAAACUACAGGCAGUAUGGCCUAAAAAUGAUUGCUAACGUUUCCUACGGUUAUACAGCAGCAAGUUUUACGGGGCACAUGCCGUGCGCCGAUAUUGCCGAUGCAAUCGUACAGACAGCCCGGACAACGCUCAUGCGCGCCAUCGAACUGGUCCAUAACACUCCACGAUGGGGCGGAAGAGUAUUGUACGGAGACACGGACAGCAUGUUUGUUCUGGUCGAGAACAAGUCCCUGGAAGCUGCCUUUGAGAUUGGACGUGAAAUCGCGUACACUGUCACUCAGCAGAAUCCGUCACCAGUUGAGCUGGAACUUGAAAAAGUUUUCUACCCCUGCUGCCUCGUCUCGAAGAAGCGCUACGUGGGGAACGCGUAUGCAGCGCCGAACCUGCCUCCAACCUUUGAAGCGAAGGUCAAGGCGCAUCUCUACCGGCAGUGGACAAAGAUUAUGUUAAACCAGGUCCCCUUGAAGGAUUUCAUUUUCUACAAGAAAUGCAGGCUCGGUUCCUACAAAGCCGAGUUUGGCGCAUCAACUGCUGCAUCCCUACCCCCGCAAGCUAAAGUGGCAUAUGCACGGUUGCAAGCGCUUGUUCAAUCCUCUGUGUGCUUGCAAGAUGUGCUUGGCACCGGCACGUCGGAAACUGCUCCUGCGUUGCCGUCAGGACCAUCUCGCGGAGAGCGAGUGGCAUUUGUCUACGCGGAUCUCGGCCUCGGAGGAGCAGAAGCGUUUUUGACAGGAAAGCAGAGCGCGUUGCGGCUGCUUGAUUGUGCCGUGAGCCCUGAACAAGUCGAAGGGGGAGGGAGGGCGGAUAACCUUGUCAGCCUCUUCCUCUACGGUGCACCUCAAAGGGUGCUGCGCCCCAUGCCACUCCAGCUUCCAGACGCUUGGACAACUGGAUCGGUGACGCCACCGCAAGAGGGGACCGCCAGGGACUUUUGGAGUCAGCACGCUGGCUCUUGUGUCUGGCUUCGAUGUUGGGAGCCCAUGCCACGUUCAACAGUAGUAAAGGGUACAGACUCAUCAUUGUUUCCUGAAGGUGAGAGAACACAAGCGGCGUCCCCAGCGUUGCAGGCGCCCGCCUCCCGCUUCGGCUGGCGUCGCCUUGGCAUGAGUCCAGCUGGUGCGUCCUGCUCUGGUUCGUUCUCUGUAUCGGUGCAGCAGGGCCAAGAGUGUAGUGGUAUUGCACCAUCUGCUGUGCAAAGCCUUGGAGAGGGUAAUUCCGAGCAACUGCUGUUGCCAGUAUAUCUGAAAUACUACAUCGUACGGCAAGUCAUUCCUGCCCUCGACCGCCUCUUCGGUCUUCUUCCCGGGUCAACAUCUGUAGAUCUUCGGCAGUGGUUCGACAGAAUGCCGAAGCCUCAAACAAAGCCAGCGACGAGAUUGCGUCGUCAGCCACAAACCGGCCAACAGGUAGUGAAGAAACCUAGACAGGGCAUGCUGACGUUUGGGACAAGACCGCUUCCACGGAAAAUAAGUCCGGAAAGCCGGUUACUACGAGCUCGACAUGGGUCGGUGCCUCAGAGGACUCCAGUGGUAGAUCAGAUGGCAGUUCCGUCGGAUGCUGGUGCGGUGUCGCCGGCGCCUCAGCCCCGGCACAAAUUGCUGCAGGCUUUGAAAGUAAAAAACGGGGCCGGUGGCGGAAGCAGAGUACGCCUUCACCACUUUUUUGCGGCUUCCACCUGCCUGUUCUGUGGUGAGAGGUGCUCUCUGUUACCUCCUGGAUCUCUCCGAGAGCUGCUGGGCUCCAGCGCCAGAGCAAAUGGGAGUAAAGGGAGUAGUGGAGGUCACAAAGGAGACGGGAGCACAGACAAGGUGAGGCGAAGGCGCGGAGGAGGUGCAAUUCAUUUUGAAGAGGACACAGAAGCAGCUGUCAGAGCACAGCUUUUCAGAAAAUUUGAGUGUCGUAACCUCACCAGUGACGAAGAUGGAGAAGGUAACGAAAAUGGGGGACGCAAUAACGAUGGAAAAUUAGUCAUCGACCUUUCGUCCAAGUCUGCUUUCUCUUCAACAUCUCAUGGGUCAGUCUUCUGGCCUUUGUUUCAGUCCGCGUCAGCCCGAGAGAAGCAACGCUACUGGCAGCCUCCUCCGGUGUGUGCAGCGUGUAGCAGGGAUGCCGAACGCCUUCUUGUGGUAGCAUAUUCGGAGUUGCGCGAGGAAGAGAAAAGGGUAAAAGAGGUUGAAGACAUCUGCGAGGCAUGCGCAGGGAGCAGACUCUGUGCAGCGGCAUGUUUGAACGCUUGGCACUGUGACGUAUAUUUUAGAAAGCUGCGAAACGACAUGCGCCUAGCAGCUGUCUCCUCCAAAUUACGCGCACUUCAUUUGCACCUGAAGGAUAGUCAUUGACUGUCAAAAGCAUUCCGUGUAGUAGGUGCAAGUAACGAGCUUGGCAGUCCAGUGUGCAACGUGUCAUUCACGGAUUUUGGACCGCUGGCUCCGAUCCAAGCAAUCAACUGAUCCGCUCCUCGCUUAUACUUUCAGCAGACACAGCAGCCUUCCAGUGUAGCAGGACGGUGCCCCGUGCUUGGAUGGGAGCUUCCUCCCUCCGGGGUGAUUCCUGGAACGAUUGUCAUUGUACAUUUUGCGCG